AUGACAAAACGUUUAUUGACCUUGACUGGUCUUCUCACAUCUCUCGCAGCAGGCACACAGCCUUCUGCCCCACCUGCUAUACCGGCACCUAUGCGACCAUUGCAAUGGGGUCAACUUAAUUUCUUACAAACUACAGAUACUCAUGGAUGGCAUGCGGGUCACCUACAAGAGGCACAAUACUCCGCGGAUUGGGGUGACUACAUAUCAUUCGCAGAGCAGAUGAAGAAGCAAGCAGAUGAUAAAGGGGUUGAUCUUUUACUUGUUGAUACUGGGGAUCGAAUAGAGGGAAAUGGAUUAUACGAUGCAUCGGAUCCCAAAGGACUUUACACAUAUGACAUAUUCAGGGAACAAGAUAUUGACAUUAUCUGUACUGGGAACCAUGAGUUAUACAAGGUAGACGCGGCGGCACGAGAAUACGAUCAAACGGUGCCAAACUUCAAGGGGAAUUACCUUGCUUCAAAUCUCGACUACAUUCAUCCGAAGACUGGAAACCAAAUUCCGAUGGCGAGACGAUAUCGCAAGUUCACAACAAAGAAUCAGGGUAUCAAAGUGGUCGCAUUUGGAUUUCUCUUCAAUUUCAAUAGAAAUGCCAACAAUACUGUCGUGCAAGAGGUUGAAAAGACUAUUAAGGAAGAAUGGUUUCAACAAGCAAUUCGAGAAGAUGCUGAUUUGUUUGUGGUUAUUGGGCAUGUGACGUUGGAUGGGCCAGAAUACAAGGCUAUUUACAAGGCAUUAAGAGAGCAAAAUUGGGAUACUCCGAUUCAAUUUUUUGGUGGCCAUAGCCAUAUCCGAAGCUUUGCCAAAUACGAUUCUAAGGCAUAUGGAAUACAGAGUGGCCGGUAUAUGGAGACGAUUGGCUGGAUGUCGAUCGAAGGUAUUAAAAAGAACGCAAAAGAAAAUAGCCCAGCAAAUGAAGUUAUUUCUGAUGCACAAGGAUUCAAUGCUAAGAAACAUGCAAGAAUGUCUUUCCAAAGAAGAUAUAUCGACAACAACCUCUUUGGCUAUCAUUUCCAUACUGGGUUAAACGAUACAACAUUCCCCACGGAGCAUGGCAAGAACGUUUCUAGUUCUAUCGCUAAAGCUCGGAAGGCCCUAAACCUCGACCAUAAUUUCGGAUGUGCCCCAAAAGAUCUUUGGAUGAGCAGAGCAAAAUAUCCCAGUAAAGAUAGUCUCUUCUCAUGGCUUGGCGACGAGGUAAUGCCAGACAUUGUGACCCAUCCCGAUCGCCAAGACGUUCCAACAAUAGCCAUAACUAAUACCGGGGCCAUGAGAUUUGACAUCUUCAAAGGUGCCUUUACAAGAGACACGACCUUCAUCAUUUCUCCAUUCGUCAGCAAAUUUCUCUUCAUCAAAGAUGUGCCACUCACAGCUGCUGAAAAUGUUCUCACAUUACUUAACAGCGGCGGCAACAUCUUCUCGUCUUCGAAUCUAGAUCUCAACAAUCUCGCACCACCGGAGCAUCUGUCCUAUAAGACCGACAUUCUAGCUCCCUUGAUACCCAUUUCCGAACUCCCACCACUAUCUCACGCUCAAUCUCCUCUCCUUUCAUCCUCAUCAAUCUACAAACCUAACCUUAUCCCUGGCUAUACCACCAAGGACGGUGGCGGCUCUGAUGGCGACGACACGAUACAUGCACCCAUCACUUUCCACCGUGUACCAAACUGUAUCGAAUCCCGCAUUAAUUUUCAUUCCACGGACCCAAAUCCUGUCACUGUAGAUUUAGUCUUUAUAGAUUUUAUAAAACCAUGGGUCCUUGUUGCAUUGCGCUAUUCCGGAGCGGAUUAUACGAACGAGGAUGUGAGCGGUUAUAGAAAUGAGACGUUGACGGAUUUAAUGGCUGGAUGGAUCAAGGAGCAUUGGGGUCAGGAUUGUUGA